CCAACAAAAAGCAGUGCCAAGAUGAUCGUCUUUUGGGUUACAUUGGUUUUUUUUCACCAAGGAUAUUCUCUGGUUCCAGUUAAAACUGUUCAGCUUGGUGAACCAGCAACCUUGCCAUGUGCUAUUCCCAAAGAGCUCAGCAUUAGGGGAAUCAAAUGGUAUAAGCAGAGCGUCGGGGAUACUCUUAAAUUAAUAGUUACUCUGAUUAAGUCUACAGCUGAUUUUGGUCCUGGAUUUUCGAGCUUAAGAUUUCGGAUAAAUAAUGAUGCAAAUUUUAGCAGCCUGACCAUUUUGGAGACAGUUCAAGAGGAUGAGGGUCACUAUCACUGUGUAAACACAGAAUGGGCUGGAAGUACAUGGAGUGGAAUAUAUUUGUUAGUUACAGGAAACACUCAGAAGACAUCAAACUAUGCAGUCAGUCAGUUGCUGAUAGAAUCAAAUCCAGUCCAUCCAGGAGACACAAUGACUCUCCAGUGUUCAGUCUUCUCUGACUCUGGCAACAAGACAUGUCCAGGAGGUCCUGAUGUCCUCUGGUUCAGAGCUGAAUCAGAUAAAUCUCUUCCAAACAUCAUCUACACUGACAGAAAUAGAAGUAAUAUAUGUGAGGAAAGAUCUGACCAUCAGAAGACAUGUGUUUAUCACUUCUCUAAGAAGGUCAGCUCCUCUGAUGCUGGGACUUACUACUGCGCUGUGGCCACAUGCAGGGAGAUAUUAUUUGGAAGUGGAACUACACUGGUUCUUCAAGAAAACAGCGUGUGGUCACAGACAGCUAGUAGAGUUGUUUUCUUUCUUUGCGCUGUCUUGGUUAUAAGUCUGACUGUUAUUGCUGUCCUCAUUUACACAAUCAAGAUAAACAACAGUGAUCACCCCAAAGGUAAUUUAAGUUAAUCAUAAUUCUCUUUUUAAUAAAAGCAUAUAAAUCUUGAGUUUUAUCCAUUGUUAUCUGUAUUUUCCACAAUCAAGCUGCUGUCUUGCAGAAAAUCUUUAGUGAUGAGAAAAGACAGCAGGUAAAUCAAUUAAAGCUAAGAAUAUUUUUCUUUUUAAAGUUUUUUUUUAAUGUUUCUAAUAUUUUUUAUGAACUGCAUUUUCCCAGAAUAAGGACACAUGGAUGUUUUCUGCUGUUGUCUUUACCACGAUAGAAGUUGAUAGAAGUAUAACAAAGAGUGCAAACGCAGUGACGAGGCAGCAGAUCUAUAUGGCUGCCAAGACUUUUGGGCUGGAUUAGGUCUAUAUACGAUGCAUUGGUAUGAAAUAAUCUUCUUUAUGUUUGCUUGGAGCUAAUUGUUUCUUUUAUAUUGUGGCUUUGUGUACAUAUUGUUAUCAGCAUGUUUAAAUGUACUUUGAUCGAUAAUAAAAAUGAUUGAUAAUGAAAAUGUACAUGUUUUUAUACAUGUCAAGAUCCGCCUUGAACAGCAGCAUUCCUGGUUUAGUCUGGAAUGUAUGAGGUUCGGAUAGUUAGGGUGCAUACCACAUAAGUGCAUACCCAUUAAAAUAAAACAAACAGACAGACAUUUGUGAAAGCAAGGGAUUAUCAUUCUUGGUAAUUAUGUAGUAAAUAUGCAAAUUAAAUCUGUACCAAUUUUUUAAAUUUCUUUUUUAUGAUGUAUGAUGAUAAAAUCUUGGCGAAAUAAGUAAAGGGUGAAUACGUAAAUAAGAAAAGUACUGUAGCUGAAACUAAAGACUAACAGGAAAAUACUGAUGUAUUCAAACAGGGAAACCACACAUGAGAGAAGUUUACAGAUUUCAAGAUAAGAAAAAAGGUGAUUUUGAUCAGUACCUAGCGUUGGUUUGUGUCUCAAAAGAAAGAAAUGUAGAACAAUGAGGGUUAAAAGGAAGGUUAUUGUAUCAUAGUACAUCAUUGUCUUUACCAUUUUGCAGUCUAGUUGUAAUGAAUUGUCCUAAAAUCCUGUUGUCAAUGUUACUGUGUUUGUCAACAUUAAUCUUCCAAAUUAUGAAAUUAAA